CCUCACUGGACUUUUUCCUAGGUGCGAAAAUCUUUACAGGAAACAGUUCAUUCAUUCAGUGUCACAAAUGAAGAGCUGGCUGUGAAAGGACCAAACAAUGUUCAGGAUGUGGCAGCUUGUACAGCUGCAUGCAAGAACCUGCUGCUCAAGAUGAAAGCCAGUGGGUUUCGUUGGCCAUGGCUGAUUGUAGUCCUCCUUAUAGUUACUGCUGGAUUUCUGACAUACGAUAUCAAGACUCAUGGCUCAUUCCAAGCUUCUGCCUCUGCACAUGUCCUUCGUUCUUCUGGCAUCCUGUCUGCAUCUGAGCAAGUCUGGGACAAAGUUUCCCAUUUCUCUAUAAAAGGAUACAGCUGGUUAGAAGCAAAUAUACCAGUCUACUACUCCCAAGUGGCAACGGUGCUUGGACCUAAUUUGGAGCUGGCCUGGACCAAGACAAAUGAAACUGCUAUCUAUAUCUCUGGGAAGUGCUCUGCUCAUUUAGCCUGGCUCAGCAACAACCUCCUUAGGCUCAGUGAGUGGCUUCAGACACAGCUGCCAGAUUCUGUGCUGCAUGCUGUUGAGUACCUCAGAGAAUUACUGCUAUUCCUCAUGCGAAACUGCUUUCUCCCUGUUGUGGACUAUAUUGCUGUGUCAUUGGACGGAGCUUGGAAAAUGUGGUUAGCUUUCUGCAAUGGUGAAGGCUCCUGGAUCUGCUUGAAAAUUCAUCUGACCAACCUCAUCCAAUCUUCUUGGACAUACCUGCAGGACACAACUGUGGCCAUUAAGGAAUGGGCUGUUUCUAUCAUCUCUAGGCACUAGCAGUGAUCCUAGGCUCAGAAACUGAAAAUGAAGUUUAGGCUACUGCUCUCUGGAUGGCUAAAACAGGAUGUACCAAUUUACUUAUUCUUUAGUCUGACCAUCAACACAAAGAACAGCACAACUUUGACUUGUUGCAGAAGCCCAGAGCUUCUCAGACCAGAUGUCUCCAAGCUCCCAAUUUGCUGUGCUGUUAGGCUUGUUCUCAGCUGAGCUCCCAGGAAGCUGUUGGCAGGCUGAUUCCUUGAUACGACUGCCCCAGGCUACAGUGGUAAUAACAGCCUUUAAGAGAGCAAGGUGUAUCCCAGCAAUGAUUUUGGAAAAGCACUUCCUCUUUCAGUAAUACCUCAAAUAAAUUGGUUGCUGGGUCAGUGACUUCCUACCACUUUA